AUAGUCAAACUGUAUGGUGUGCUUUAUUCAUCGUGGUCUGUUGAUGGUACGAUCCGAAACCUGUCUGCUAGGUCUAUAAAAUAUAAAUUCAAUGCGAUGUUGAACUCUUUUGUUCUGUUGUCGCAUGUCCUUUUCUUCACAUUUAUUUCGCAUUGUUUACUUCAACCAAUUUAGGAACAGAUAUUAAUACAAUAGUUUUAUUUUCAUAUAAAUUAUUUUAGCUUAAAAAUGAAGUCUGCAAAUCAGUUGAUAUGGCGAGGAGGCCUCUUAUUUCUUAUUGGCACCACUUUUUCCUUUGUUCUAAAUGUGUUGCAUGCUCAUCAACAUUCUUCGCUACAACAUCCAACGAAUUGGAACCGUAUUUGCUUACACUGGUGGCUACUUUUAGUGUGUGGAUCUGCUUCAGUUCUUAUAGGUUUCAUUCUUCCAAUCUUAAAGUUUAGAGGGUGUGAUACUGUAAAAUCUCAAGAUUGGUCACAUGUUCUUCGCUGCACUAUUAUUUUUGUUGGCCUGAAUGAGGCUUGUACUAAAAUUGAAUUUCCAAGCAAUCUACAACUUUCUAUUUCUCUUGCAAUUUUAUCACUGGGAUUAUGGUGGUAUUUCGAUGGAACUCCUAUUGGAUUUGGAAUAGGGAUUAUAACAGCCUCUAUAGCUACAAUGAUAGCAUACAUUCUUGUUUAUAACCAACUUUGCAUAUUCAGUGAGAGAGAGUUUUCUUAUUUAAGAGCAUGGUUACCUUGUGUAGUAUUUUCAGGAGGUAUAACUAUUGGAAACAUUGGAGAGAAAUUAGCCGCAAAUGAUUACUUGGAUGGGGAAAACAAAUCUCAUGCCGAGUAACAUAAUUUACUGUCAGUAUUUCCACCACUAAAUUGAUAGUGAUACCUCAAACUAAACAAAUUCAUCACAUAGAAGAUCCUAAUUUUCUGAUGAUUGAAUUUAUUGCAAGAAUAUUCAGUUCUAAGGUGCUCUCUGGAAGAAGUAAGAGAGGUGAAAAUAUUCUAGAGCAGUUUGAAGAAUCAACUUUUUGGAGAGAGAGAGUUGAAACUCGUUAAGCUUCAAAUAAGUAUUAUUGAAAACUAAGUUAUUUAUAGUCAAGAAGACUGUAUUUGACUGUGAUAUUAAUUUGCUAUGCAAGUUGUUUGAGCUUAUGUAAAUAGUAAUAGAGUAGUUACAGAACUAGGUCUUACACAAAUUAUGUUGUGUAGAUGUUAAGAAUAAUUUGCCGAUUACAGCACAAGGUUGUCAGACAAAUGUGAGAACAUAUAUGUUUGAAAUAAUGCAGGUUACUUUCAAUAUUUAUAUUCAUGACAUUUUAGUCGUAAAUGCAUUUGAAAGAAAUAUUGUUAUGCAAUAUAGUUAUGUUGAAAUAUAUUUAAUAUAGAGAAGUGUUCAUAAAAUCUUUACAACAAAUUUGUGCCUAAAGCAAAAUUUUUAAUGUGAAAGUUAAAUAUUUAACAUAUAACAUUAUCCAGCCAUUUAUCUUCUUACUUUUUAAAGAAAAUUGUUACAAAAAUUUUGUGCAGCUGAUUUUCUCUUACAUUGCCAUUUUAAUUGGAUUUCAUGCAAAGAAUGCAAUAUUAGCAAGAAAAUGCAGAAUGAUUUACAAUUAAAAUCUCAAUUUUUGAGGAACUGAACUUUCUUGAGACAUAAAAGUUAUGAACAAUUAUUUGAAAGAUCAAAUUCUAUUUAAAAUUGAAAAAAAAAAAACAUACGGGUAUAUGAAUUAAUUGAUUAAAUUGGAAUAAUAAAAUAUGUUCUGCAACAAUUUCAUUUGUAAAUCGAUGUGUUUUUAAUUUUUUUUCUGUGUUGUAUUUUAUUGCAAUAUGACAAUCUUAUUAUUUGUAAUUCUAUUAAGUUAUAUUAACAAUUAUGUUGAAUAGUAUUAUGUUGUAGCAUUUUGAUAUAAAUUAAGUUGAAUUUGUUGAUUACAUUUGCUUCAGAGAUACAAAUAAAGAUAUAAAAAAAAAAAUGGAGAAAUA